AUGGCUGACCAGCAGGAUUGGAGCGAAUUGACAGAGGAUCUGUUGUGCACAAUCGGACGACGGCUGAUCACAUUGCAGGAUCUGAUUCGAGCUCGAGCCGUUUGUCCGUCAUGGAGGCGAGCCUUGCUAGCCGAGCAGCAGCGCAGGUUCCCGUCAACGCAGUGGCUAAUGCUGCCCCAUUGCACAAGCAAAUUCAUGAACAGAACGGCGGCGGCCGCCAUGAUCGGGUGCAAAGGUUCCGACAACUGCCGCUGCUUUUACGACGCGGCGGCGCAGCAAUUUCACCACAUCGAGUUCCCUCCCGGCUCGCACAACAGAGCCACCUGCCGCGGAUCCGCAUUCGGGUGGCUGUUCAUGACGGGGCAAACGCCCUGCAUCUCCCUGAUCAACCCUCUCACCGGAGCCGAGAUCCCUCUCCCUCCCAUCACGUCUUUCCCCGGCGUGAUAGCCUACCGCCCGGAGAAAGUCGGGCUCGAGUACCUCCUCCUCGCCGACGACGGCUUCACGAUGGCAUACGGCAAGAAGUACAUCGAGAAGAGCUACAUAUGCAAAGUCGCGAUGUCCGCCGAGCCCACCGCGGCAGAGGACUGCACCGUGAUGGCCAUCCGCUUCAACGACGAUUACCGGCUCGCGAUCUGCAAUCCGAAAGCCGAAUCGUGGACGCUGCUCUCCGACAGAGGCAUUGCCUUCCAGGAUGUGGUGUUCUGGAAGGGACAGUUCCACAUCCUCGACUUCUACGCGAGGCUGAUGGUGUGCGAUCUCUCUGUACCGCAUCGCCCGAAACUCUCGCUCGUCCUCGACUUGCCGUACCAUCGUCAGAUCACUGCACUGGAUCAUUACCUGGUCGUAUGUCCGGCGGCUCUCGGAGGUGGUCGUGAAAGAACUUACUGGACAAGCGAGUUCAGAGUUUUCGAGCUGAACGAGGAGGAGGGAGGUGGAUGGGACAAGGUCGAGAGCAUCGGUGAUUUUGCCUUGUUCUUGGGUUCCAACACUCCUGCUUUCGUGUCCACGUUGGAUCGACCUGGCCUGGCGCGCAAUUCCAUCUACUUCACCGAUAAUCUCAGCGAGUGUCACAGCAAGAAUAGUUCCGGUCACGACAUGGGUAUCUACGACCUCGCCACUGGCGCUGUGCAGCCUCUCUAUUGUACCGCCUCUCUGCACAAGAACCCUCUGUUGAUCUCUCCUUGGCCUGUAUGGUUCUUUCCAUCAUCUACUACUACUGUUAAUUAG